UGCUCCGGCGGAGGGAUACAGCCCUACAUAUAUAGCAGGGAGGUGCAAGCUCACACCUACAGCAUUUGUCAGGGGGGAGCCGCUCGGAGGAGGUAGCAGCCGCUGCAGCUCCUGCUCCUUUGCUUGAGCAGCCCGUGUAGCAGCACCAGCAGCAACCCAACCUAACCCAACCCAACUACCCCCACGCAAUGGCUGAUCAGCUGACUGAAGAACAGAUUGCUGAGUUCAAGGAAGCUUUCUCUCUAUUUGACAAAGAUGGUGAUGGCACCAUCACAACAAAAGAGCUUGGGACUGUCAUGAGGUCAUUGGGUCAAAACCCAACAGAAGCAGAAUUACAGGAUAUGAUCAACGAGGUAGAUGCCGACGGCAAUGGUACUAUCGAUUUCCCUGAGUUUUUGACCAUGAUGGCCAGAAAAAUGAAGGACACUGACAGCGAGGAAGAAAUCCGUGAGGCAUUCCGAGUCUUUGACAAGGAUGGCAAUGGUUAUAUCAGUGCAGCAGAACUACGUCAUGUUAUGACAAACUUAGGAGAAAAGCUAACAGAUGAAGAAGUAGAUGAAAUGAUCAGAGAAGCAGAUAUUGAUGGAGAUGGACAAGUGAACUAUGAAGAAUUCGUACAGAUGAUGACUGCAAAAUGA